AUGAAAUUGUUAUCAGCCAUUACUGCAGGUCUCGCUGUUCUCGACUAUGCUACCAGUUACCCAUUUGAAUCAUAUUUUGGGUCAACUAGAGUCAUUCAGCUCUCUAAAGAUACUGUGCGUACUGUAUCUGAAGAUGAAAAGUUAUCGUUCAUGAGAAAAGGUAUCAAAUUUAUGGAUAUCACUAAUAAUUUUUUACAUCUAAAGAAUAAUGAAAACCUUGAAGAUGCUGUGCCUCGUUACAAUUAUCCAUCAAAAACAUUAAGAGAAGAGUUAGUCAAUACCAUUAUUGAAAAUAUUGAUAAAUCUUCAAUGGAAGUAAAUCUAGCAAAAUUCACAAGCUUUUACACUCGUUAUUAUAAAUCCGAAACAGGUUAUCAGUCUGCACAAUGGUUAGAACACAAUUUACUAAACAUUACAAGCGGUGUCAGUGCUGAUUUUGUAUCUGUUGAAAGGGUCAUUCACCCCGAAUGGAAACAGUACUCCAUUAUUGUUAAAGUUCUUGGUUCUGAAACCCCAGAGAAUAUUGUUGUGAUGGGAUCUCACCAAGAUUCAAUCAAUCUAAUCUUACCAAGUGUUUUAGCUGCCCCAGGUGCCGAUGACAAUGGCUCUGGUACUGUUACAAAUCUGGAAGCUCUACGUCUCUAUGUUGAACAUUAUUUGAAAAAAGGCAAUAGACCAAAGAACACCAUUGAAUUCCAUUUUUACUCUGCUGAAGAAGGUGGAUUAUUAGGAUCAUUAGAUGUAUUUAGUAGAUAUGCUUCAGAACAUAAGAGAGUUGUUGCAAUGUUGCAACAAGAUAUGACUGGCUAUGUUCAGGAUCCUGAAAACGAACAUGUUGGUGUUAUUACGGAUUAUGUUAACAGUGAGUUAACUGAUUUUAUAAAAGUCAUAGUUAAUUCAUAUUUAAGCAUUCCAUAUGUGGAGACUAAAUGUGGUUACGCUUGUAGUGAUCAUGGCAGUGCUACCAGAAAUGGUUACCCAUCUGCUUUUGUCAUCGAAAGCGAUUUCAAGAAAACAAAUAAAUAUAUCCAUAGUACCAUGGAUACUUUGGACCGUUUAAGUUUUGACCACAUGGCUGAACAUACUAAGAUUGUAAUUGGAUCUAUCAUCGAAUUAGGUGAUUGGUCUUUCUUAGAAUUGAAAUAA